CCUCAUUUGGGCGUUAAACCCCCCACUCACUAGCGGUUCCCCUCGCACUUUUCCAUCCCCGCGCCUGGCUCCUCUGUUUUCUUGUGAUGCUGCAGAAUGUUCCGUACCUCUCAGGUGUAAGGUUGGAUGUACAGUUUUAAAGAAGACUUGAGGCUAUUUCACACGGACUCUCGUGGAUUUAAAGGUUUUUACAGAAAUCCCAGUUGAAAUAUUCCUGAACUCAGGAAAUCCAGAAUCCUACAACCAGGAUUCCUGGAAAACCUGGGAAUAUUUUAUUUAUUUAUUUUACCGUUAUUUUACCAGGUUAAGGAUCUCCGAUGCCAUGCGACCCACCUCCUCUCCUCAGUGAGACAGCCCAUACCCUAAACCUCCAGGACCACACAGGACAGGAGAGAGAUGUGAAGCCAGCUCUGGGCUCAUGCUAUAAGGCAGAGAGAGAGACCCAGAGCCCCUGACCCUGAGAGUUGUGGGUACACGGCGUUAUCUAAUGGAUGGCCGAGUGACUAAGUGAAGGAAGGAACUUAGAACAGAACUGACGUGAGGUCAUAAUGAGUGGUCAGCAAGGCGAGCCGGCCAUCGGCCACAGCCAUGUUGGUGAGGUCAGGAACAACAACCAGAACAGCCAUGUUGGUGAGGUCGGGAGCAACAACCAGAACCAGCAGGCCGGGGGAGAGCGAGUGGGGGCGGUGACACCCGAAGGGGAUGCUAAUGCUAACCAGAUGAUCCAGAUGGGGGAGGGGGGCAGCAACGGCGGAGGGGAGAGUACAGGAGGAGAUGUUGACACUCUGCCCCCCCUGAUGUCUCAGACCACUGAGGUGUCUCAGACAGUCACAGAGGAGCAGAAGAACAAGAUCGUCAUCUGGGGGACAGACUCUAGGUGUGACGACCCUGAGCUGGCCGAGUUUGAGAUGUUAGAAUGUCAGGAGCUGGAGGCAUACCUGGUGGAGGAGGAGGAGGAGGAAGAGGAGGAGGAGGAGGAGGACGCAUGUGAAGGAGUAGGAGUAGGAGUGAAAGGAGGUGCACGGCAGAUCCUCCUGGACCAGCCUGUCUCUAUAGUGGAUCUAGUCUCUGACAGUAGAGAGGGAGGAGGGAGGAGGACUAUUCAACGGGGCUCCGGCGGGCAGGACGUCGCCACCAUGGGCUCUGGAGGAACCAGAGGGACGGCGGAGUAUGUGACGAGGACAGACUUCAGCUCUGAGAACCAUGUCUUGGUGUCCCGUCUGUCCGCUAUGUUCAGUCCGGAUGGGAGUCUGGUCAGUGCUCUGGACACCGCUGGACGGACACAGGCCACCACCACAGACUCUGGACCCUCAGGACCAGACGGGACCAUCUUAGAGGAUCUCACCCUGGCCUCCCAGUCUUGUACCAUCAUCUCAGACCGGUCCAAGGCCUCUCAGCGAUCCGAACAACCUCGGGCUCCAUCUAAAAGCACAAUCCAACGAGCUGACCUCGAUCUAAACCAGAACACAACUGUUAGGUCUGAGGAGGUUGUCGUUCCGGAAGCACAAGUCAGUAACACCGUCGUAGCGGGUCGUUGUAAAUGUCAGCAGAACAUGGAGGAAGAUCAGGGCAAUGAAAAGCACAACCAGAAUCUGGAGCAGAGGUACCAGGAUGUUAGAGGUAGUGGGAGGAAGGUAGCUGAGGACCACCAGGAUGAUAGAGGUUGUGGGAGGAAGGUAGCUGAGGACCACCAGGAUGAUAGAGGUAGUGGGAGGAAGGCAGCUGAGGACCACCAGGAUGAUAGAGGUAGUGGGAGGAAGGCAGCUGAGGACCACCAGGAUGAUAGAGGUAGUGGGAGGAAGGCAGCUGAUGACCAACAGGAUGAUAGAGGUAGUGGGAGGAAGGCAGCUGAGGACCACCAGGAUGAUAGAGGUAGUGGGGGGAAGGCAGCUGAGGACCACCCGGAUCCUAGAGGUAGUGGGAGGAAGGCAGCUGAUGACCAACAGGAUGUUAGAGGUAGUGGGAGGAAGGCAGCUGAGGACCACCAGGAUGAUAGAGGUAGUGGGAGGAAGGCAGCUGAGGACCACCAGGAUGAUAGAGGUAGUGGGAGGAAGGCAGCUGAGGACCAACAGGAUGAUAGAGGUAGUGGGAGGAAGGCAGCUGAGGACCACCAGGAUGAUAGAGGUAGUGGGAGGAAGGCAGCUGAGGACCAACAGGAUGAUAGAGGUAGUGGGAGGAAGACAGCUGAGGACCACCAGGAUGAUAGAGGUAGUGGGAGGAAGGCAGCUGAGGACCACCAGGAUGAUAGAGGUAGUGGGAGGAAGGCAGCUGAGGACCCCCAGGAUGAUAGAGGUAGUGGGAGGAAGGCAGCUGAGGAACACAAGGUUAUUCCCCCUGAUAUGAACCACGGCUCUCCCACCAAGUUAGGCACAAAUGGGAUUCAAUCUGUUGAAACCAGAAGCUUGAAGAAGCAUGGCUCUUUUGAUAAAACCUCAAAGGAACAAGGCUCCUUCGGACAAAGCAUGAAGAAAACGACUUCGUUUGAACAAAGCAUGAAGAAAACGACUUCCUUUGAACACACCACAAAGAAGUCGACCUCAUUUGAUAGAAGCUUGAAGAAAGAACCUUUCUUAGAUAGAACGUUGAUGACAGAGGCGUCCUUCGACAGAACGUUGAGGAAGCAGGGCUCGUUUGAACGCAGCUCAAGUCCUUCUAGCCUGGAUGGGAGGAAGCCUUGGGGUAGCCCCAGCAGGAGCCCCAGCCGCCCCGCCACCCCUCCCUGGUCCCCCAGGAGACCAGCCCCAUGCUCCCCCGCCAAGACCAGCUCCAGACCUCCCUCCUCCACCUCUCCAGCCAAGGCCAGCAACCGAGCCUCCAGCCAGGACCGCAGCAACUCCCCACAGAGGGGUACCACCAGUGGCCUCAAAGCACCUAGUAAGGUAUGUGUUAUCAGCAGCAUCCCCAAACCCAUCUCCCCUCAGCCACCUGCGGACCCUAGGAUGGACUCUCCUCACAAACCCAAACCCGCCCGUCUCAAGAUCAUCACGUACGUCCGUAAGACCCCUCAGGUGAAGUCCCAGGGGACAGAGGUUGGCCCAAAUGAAGCCUUGACAUUCCCUCUCCGCCUGUCCUCUUCCCACCCCAGCCCUCCUACAGCCCACAGAAAGCCCCACAAGGCAGGGCCCCAUUCUAAAGCCUCACAGGUGCUCUGCUCCUCUAAUAUACUUUUUGAUAAGUACCGUCAGGAGAUGCAGAAGGCAGGAUACUUUCCCCCGGGUACCGGCAUGACGUCGCUGGGCAUCAAACCUCCCAGCCACCUUCCUCCUCACAACCUCUCUUUGAACUCUGAGAGCUUUCAUGGGGAACUGCCUGACAGAUACAUGCAUGAGUUGGCUCCAGCACCUUCACAGCAGGCUCCCCAGGAGGGGACAGGCCUCUACCGUUCCCCCAGGCCCAGAGGGCCCCAGCUGGGGUUAGGGGCCGUCACCCGGCAGCCUGCUGCAGCCAAGAACAGGACUAUGUUCCAGAGCCAAACCGGUCAGAGGUCAGGGGUCGUGACCCUCAGCCACCCAGGACAGCAGCAGGCACCGCCAGGGAACAACCAGGGAAACCACGACUCCACGGCAGACCAGAGGACGCCAGGUCCAGAGACCUCCGUGGCCAGGACCCUGCUGCCUAAACCGGGUCAGUCUCGUCUGCGACCCCCAGGCUUCUCGGCCUUGCCACCUGCCCGUCUGGCCGCCUUCGGCUUUGUACGCAGCUCCAGUGUCUCCUCGGUUUCCAGCAACCAGACGACAGUGAGCAACCACAGCGACCCCUGCCGACCCUCCCAACGUCCCAGCAGUGGUAGCGAUGACACCCCCCUUCCCCUGUCCCCUGUACCCCCCAGCCACAGCAGCCCCCAGCCCCCCAACGCCCCUGCCCUCAACCGCCGCUCCGUGCUGCCCCCGGCCCGGGUCUCUCCCACGGCUUCUAGGACGGAGGUUCAGAGGGAUGUACCACCCGCUGUCUCCGCCCCUAAACGGUUCGCAGUGGUUUCACCCAAACCCCAGUCCCCUGUCCGAGGUAGACCAGCAGAUCGUGGUGGUUCAGGGUCAGGGGUCGGAGGUCAGGAGUGUGAGCGUGCCCUGGUGCAGAAGCUGAGAGAGCGCUGUGAGGACCAGGCUAGGCAGCUCCUGUCUCUGCAGGCUGAGCUGAAGAAGGCUUCUCUUGGACUAGAAGUGUUUGCCAUUACUACACAACACUUCUGCCAUAAGAGUGAGAGUGCCAUCCUGAAGGAGAGGGAACUGUCCCUGGAGCUUGCCAGGAUCAGGGAUGAAGUGGCCUCAAGUGUGUCGCGGUGGGAGAUUCUGCAGCAGGACAAGGAGGAGUUGGAGCGGAGGUUUGAGCGGGAGCUGGAGGGACUGCGUGCCCAGCAGCAGAGUGAGCUGGGCCGGCUGGAGGAGAGACUGAGGCAGUAUCACAGCCUGGAGAUACAGCGCCUGGAGGCCCAACAACAGGAGCAGCUGGAGAGACUGAGGACACAGCAGCUGGAGCAGAUGGAGGAGGUGACGGAGAACCAUGAGGAAGCUCUGACUGAAAUGGAGAACAACCACAACGACACACUGGUCACUCUGAAGGAGGAGCAUGCCAGGACUGUCAAAAACCUGAAGAUGGCCCAUGAGCAGCAGAGGAAGUCAUUGGAAGAGGACUUUGAGAAGCUCAGACUGUCGCUGCAGGACCAGGUGGACACGCUGACGUUUCAGAACCGCAGCCUGAGAGACCGAGCCAAGCGCUUUGAGGAGGCUCUACGCAGGAGCACCGACGAACAGAUAGUGGAUGCUCUGGCUCCGUACCAGCAUAUUGAGGAGGAUCUAAAGAGCUUGAAGGAAGUUCUUUUAAUGAAGAACCAACAGAUCCACGAACAGGAUGUCAAGAUCUCGGAGCUGGAGAGAAUGCAGGCCCAAAAGAACGUCUUCCUGGAGGAAAGGGUACAGAUGUUACAGCAGCAGAACGAAGACCUGAGGGCCAGGAUAGACAAGAACCUAGCCAUGUCCAGACAACUCUCGGAGGAGAACGCCAACCUCCAGGAGUCAAUGGAGAAGGAGAGCAACGAGAAGAAACGCCUGAGUCGGAACAACGAGGAGCUGCUGUGGCGUCUGCAGAGCCCUCACAUGUCCCCCGCCGGCUCCCCCAUCCACCGAGCCUCUCCCGUCCUCCACUCCUCCAACACCUCCUCCCCUGGUCACCACCGUUCCACCGCUGGCCCGGGGUCACCCGCACGACCCCACUCCUACCACCAAUGAGACCGCCUCUCCUCAAUGCCUCCCCAUCGCCUCCAUCUCCCUCAUCUCCUUUUCCAGAUGAGGAGGAGGAUGAUGGAGGAACAUUUCUUCCUCCCACUACAUCCCUUCAUCCAUCCACUGACUUCAUCCGUCCACUGACUUCAUCCGUCCACUGACUCCAUCCAUCCACUGACUUCAUCCGUCCACUGACUUCAUCCAUCCACUGACUUCAUCCGUCCACUGACUUCAUCCGUCCACUGACUCGUCUUGGGAAGUCCCUUACUUUUUCUCUCCCUUUUUUUUAAUAUGGAGGAAGAGCUCUGCUUCUAGCCACAACGUCUCUCCUUCCGUCCGUUCAUCCCUGGAACUCUGGGACUGUUAUUUUAUCACCGUUCUAUCCCCGAUGAGGAAGACAUAUGUCUCCAUCCAGUCAACGCAGAAACGUUUUCCCCCUUUUGUGUGUAUUAGUCUCCCUAUCUAAAGGAGAGUUGGCUUCAAUGCUGACCAAACCCGUUUGGGGUGGUCACUUUAGUAUCUCUGCGGUGAAACGACCCUCUGUCUGUAAAACGUGUACAGUUCCGUGUUCCACUACUAGAUGGAUAUAGACACAGGCCAAGGCAACUCAUCUGUGUGACAAAUUCUGAAGUGACAAAUUCUGUGUCCCAAGUAAGGAUCGCGGGCAGAGUUCCCCUCCAUCCAUCUGUUUGUACCUCCGCCUUCACGUAUUGUAAUAUCACAUGGUCUGUGCUCUCUAACCACGGAGGUUUUGAAUGUAGGAUAAAAAACAACAACAUCCUCUCUCUAUCAAAAACACGCUGAUGCCCUUUCCCUUUAUAAAUUCUAUCAAGCAGACAGACUGAUGUAGAAGAAGGACUCACUCCGCCAUUUUGGAUCUCAUGGGAGCCUACAGUAUCUAUCUUCAUGUAUUUACCUCCAACUGUAUCGUCAGCUACUGGUCAGAAACGCAACAAUGAAUACAAGAAGCGCCUUCCCUGUCUUGCCUUUACUGUCUGCCUUCUGUAUACUGUAGGCAGGUCUCUCACCAGCAAUAUCCUUCUCAAGGUCCCCAGGAACUACAUGACAGCAUGAAGAAACGGCUGCAUAUCAAUUCAUGAUGUUAGCCUUCAUAUAGUGCAUAUUACAUUUACAUGUUAGUCAUUUAGCAGACAGUCUUCUCCAGACAGACUUACAGGAACAAUUAGGGUUAAGUGCCUUGCUCAAGGGCACGUCGACAGAUAGUUUUUUUUUUCACCUAGUCAGCUCGGGGACCUGUCGGUUACUGGCUCAAGGAUAUUGACCGCUAGGCUACCUGCUGCCUCGCAUAUGAAUAGUUACAGUAUAUAAGUAAGCGGGCACUGCAACAUACUGGUUAAGUUUAUAAAGUCCUGACACCCCAUUUAAUCCAGUUAGCCCUAGACUUCUACUGAGCCACAUGAAGGAUCAAUGUUGGACACAGAAAUCUACCGACCUAACACUGACACAGUCCUAGAAAGACUUGGAUCAUAAAGUCCUGACACCCCAUUUAAUCCAGUUAGCCCAGUUAGACUGCUACUGAGCCACAUGAAGGAUCAAUGUUGGACACAGAAAUCUACCGACCUAACACUGACACAGUCCUAGAAAGACUUGGAUCGUCAAGGCAUCUGUUCAGUACUUCAGCUGAGGGUCACUGUAGGGCUGUGCAUUACCUUACAAUAGGGUAAGGUACAAUAGGGUAAGGUACUUUAUUUUAGGGCACCAAAUAGAGGUGUGUAGUACUUUACCUUUGGAUCCCAGUAAGGCUGUACAGUACUUUACCUUAGGAUACUGUCUAUGGACCCUAACGUACUACACAGUACUACUGUCUAUGGACCCUAAAGUACUGCACAGUACUACUGUCUAUGGACCCUAACGUACUACACAGUACUACUGUCUAUGGACCCUAAAGUACUGCACAGUACUACUGUGCAGUACUUUACUUUAGGGUCUAUAGACUGUAGUACAUUAGGGUCCAUAGACAGUAGUACUGUGUAGUACUUUACUUUAGAGUUAAAUUCACAGUUGGGAUGUACUUUAUGUAGGGCAGUCUUCUGGCAACGCCUGUAUUGGACCAUGGCAAACUGAUUCUCUGCAAUCCUCCGCAUCUGUCUUCAGACUACAACUUCUCUACUCUCAUUUCGCCUCGUCUUUCCUGUUUACAUAGAGGAUUUACACCAACCCAGAGAAUCAUGUUGAACUGCUUUACAUAGAGGAUUUACACCAACCCAGAGAAUCAUGAUGAACUGCUUUACAUAGAGGAUUUACACCAACCCAGAGAAUCAUGAUGAACUGCUUUACAUAGAGGAUUUACAACAACCCAGAGAAUCAUGUUGAACUGCUUUACAUAGAGGAUUUACACCAACCCAGAGAAUCAUGAUGAACUGCUUUACAUAGAGGAUUUACACCAACCCAGAGAAUCAUCAUGAACUGCUUUACAUAGAGGAUUUACAACAACCCAGAGAAUCAUGUUGAACUGCUUUACAUAGAGGAUUUACACCAACCCAGAGAAUCAUGAUGAACUGCUUUACAUAGAGGAUUUACACCAACCCAGAGAAUCAUGAUGAACUGCUUUACAUAGAGGAUUUACACCAACCCAGAUAACCAUGAUGAACUGCUUUACAUAGAGGAUUUACACCAACCCAGAGAAUCAUGUUGAACUGCUUUACGUAGAGGAUGUACACCAACCCAGAGAAUCAUGAUGAACUGCUUUACAUAGAGGAUUUACACCAACCCAGAGAAUCAUGAUGAACUGCUUUACAUAGAGGAUUUACAUCAGACCAGAGAAUCAUGAUGAACUGCUUUACAUAGAGGAUUUACAACAACCCAGAGAAUCAUGAUGAACUGCCAAUCAAAAUAUGUUUUCUCUGAUGACAUUUGUAACAUUUUGUAACCAAUGAUCUUGCUCACUGUAAAGCAUGGUGGUGUAGCUGUCUUCCUGUUUUGUUCCUGGUUGUGGGAUAUUCCCGUUCUUAGGGACUCCCACCCACCCAGACGGUCAUACAGUAUGUCAGUAGGAGAAUGAAUUGAAGUGGAUGGUGUCUCGCAAAAGGUUUGACUAACUGUUGUCAAAGAAGUGCAAGCACACCUCUGGUUACAUCUUUUUGAAAUUAAAGUGUUGCAGAUGAAUAGAAGAUGGAGACUCUGUGGUUGAUAGAAUAUAGAGACUGUGGUUGAUAGAAGAUAGAGACUCUGUGGUUGAUAGGAGAUAGAGACUCUGUGGUUGAUAGGAGAUAGAGACUCUGUGGUUGAUAGAAGAUAGAGACUCUGUGGUUGAUAGGAGAUAGAGACUCUGUGGGUGAUAGAAGAUAGAGACUCUGUGGUUGAUAGAAGAUAGAGACUCUGUGGUUGAUAGAAGAUAGAGACUCUGUGGUUGAUAGAAGAUAGAGACUCUGUGGUUGAUAGGAGAUAGAGACUCUGUGGGUGAUAGAAGAUAGAGACUCUGUGGUUGAUAGGAGAUAGAGACUCUGUGGUUGAUAGGAGAUAGAGACUCUGUGGUUGAUAGGAGAUAGAGACUCUGUGGGUGAUAGAAGAUAGAGACUCUGUGGUUGAUAGAAGAUAGAGACUCUGUGGUUGAUAGGAGAUAGAGACUCUGUGGUUGAUAGGAGAUAGAGACUCUGUGGGUGAUAGAAGAUAGAGACUCUGUGGUUGAUAGAAGAUAGAGACUCUGUUGGUGAUAGGAGAUAGAGACUCUGUGGUUGAUAGGAGAUAGAGACUCUGUGGGUGAUAGGAGAUAGAGACUCUGUGGUUGAUAGGAGAUAGAGACUCUGUGGGUGAUAGGAGAUAGAGACUCUGUGGGUGAUAGGAGAUAGAGACUCUGUGGUUGAUAGGAGAUAGAGACUCUGUGGUUGAUAGGAGAUAGAGACUCUGUGGGUGAUAGGAGAUAGAGACUCUGUGGUUAGGAGAUAGAGACUCUGUGGUUGAUAGAAGAUAGAGACUCUGUGGUUGAUAGAAGAUAGAGACUCUGUGGUUGAUAGAAGAUAGAGACUCUGUGGUUGAUAGAAGAUAGAGACUCUGUGGUUGAUAGGAGAUAGAGACUCUGUGGGUGAUAGACGAUAGAGACUCUGUGGUUGAUAGGAGAUAGAGACUCUGUGGUUGCAUCCAAAAGUAGUAGUGCACUACUUUACUUCCGUUCAGGUCCCUUGAAGGAAAAGCCAUGAGCCGUGUUCUCACGUCAUUAAGCAUAGAUGGAUUAAUGAGUUCUUAGGCGAACCGUGUGGCAUAAACUACAUGUCCCCUUGAAAUACAUUGCCCGUGUAACCUACCACUCUCUGAAUGGUAUUGACGUGUUGAGAAUCACCUUGAAAAGGAUAAGGAGUUGAUCCCCCAUUGAUGGACAGGUUACAUUAGUAUCAUAGUUGUUUUCCCUGCAGCCCCAGGCCUUAGCACUGUUGAUGCCCUCAUUUAUUCCGUCUGGAUUAGUUAGGUCUGUGAUCCUGCAGUGACUGUGUUUACACAGGCAGCCCAUUCUGAUCUUUAGUGGCUGUGUUUUACACAGGCAGCCCAUUCUGAUCUUUAGUGGCUGUGUUUACACAGGCAGCCCAUUCUGAUCUUUAGUGACUGUGUUUACACAGGCAGCCCAUUCUGAUCUUUAGCACUAUUAUUGGCAAAUGAGCUGAUCUGAUUGGUCAAAAAAACAAAUGAGUGAGGUCAAAAAACCAAUUAGUGAAAAGAAUAUCAGAUUUGGGUUAUCCUGUGUAAACUCAGCCAAUGAGACAAACCUCACGGGAUACAGUUACUGAUCUGAAGUGAAAGUUCUAGAAGAAUGUUCUGGUACCAGUCUGUUAUUUAUUUAUUUACACAUUGUGACCAUGGUGAAUCUACUCUUGUUGUCACUCUCUGUCCAAGUGUACUUAUCAUUGCAUCUCUUUGCGAUCAACUCAACUUGCGUCUUUGUGUGAGUCAAACAUUUUUUGAGAUCCACGAGUGACAUCUAGGCAGCUGUGGAAAACCCAUUGUGACUUUCAAUCUCUUUUUCUCCAUUUGACUGGAUCUUUGUCGUGUCAUAAUACUAGCUAACCAGGAAGUCUUGUUUGGGAAAAAUUGUUCAAUGGAAUAUGAUUAUUCACGAUGAAUAUUGGAAAACAGUAACCAUUGUAUUCAUUUUAUUGAACUGUUAUACCUCUUGUCUCAAAUCAGAGAUCAAUCUCAGGUCUUGAAGGAAUUCAUGACUCAUAACAGAAAGCCAAGAGACUGCCAUUUAUUAAUUUAAACAUUUUAUUAUUUUAAACAUUUAUUUUACAUUUAUUCAUGAUUUUUAAAUGUGUUAUUGUAGUUUUUUUUUGUUGUGGGUUUUGUAUUGUGACACAACAUAUUUAAACCACGUUGUAAAAUGUCCACCGGAUGUAAAGUAUCAUACAGUAUUUAUUAUUUUAUUUUUUUCUUUAAGAAUUUGUUUAACAACACUUAGCAAUGUAAAAUAAAAGCAUAUUAGUUGAUUCAGAGUUAGAUGAUGUGGUGUAGAAAACCACCACUUUCCCUUGUAUAUAACGUCCUAUUUACACUGUGUCAAUGUAAGCAUUUGAAGCAGAGUUACACCGAUAUCUGGAUGAUGAUAUCUACCUAGAUAUAGAUAUAGCAGAAUAGAUAUAGACAUAGUAGAACUACAGUAGAUUGACUGCAUGGCUGCAGAGGAGAUGAUGCCUCCGCAGAUACCCUUACCAGACAUUAGCCCUUUGAGCUAAAGGCUGAUAGCUUAGUAACUGGUUGGUGACAUAGGGAAAAGGUAUUUAAAAUGAGGUUAGCACUUCAGGCUAAAGGCCGAUAGUAACUGGUUGGUGACAUAUGGAGAUUUAUCUGAAACCUAAUGUUCUGUCAGGUUUGGAAGUGUCCUGAUUGUUCUAUGUCUUGUGGAUUUGCCCAUUAUGACCAAUAAACUCUAGAACUCUUUAAAGUUCCUUCCAUUCUAGAACAGAAGGUUGGGUUCCCAGUAGAUGUACUCUAGAACUCUUUAAUGUUCCUUCCAUUCUAGAACAGAAGGUUGGGUUCCCAGUAGAUGUACUCUAGAACUCUUUAAUGUUCCUUCCAUUCUAGAACAGAAGGUUGGGUUCCCAGUAGAUGUACUCUAGAACUCUCUAAUGUUCCUUCCAUUCUAGAACAGAAGGUUGGGUUCCCAGUAGAUGUACUCUAGAACUCUUUAAUGUUCCUUCCAUUCUAGAACAGAAGGUUGGGUUCCCAGUAGAUGUACUCUAGAACUCUUUAAUGUUCCUUCCAUUCUAGAACAGAAGGGUGGGUUCCCAGUAGAUGCAUAUCUAAUGAGGGGUUGUUGUCUCACAUGGAUGUUGAUACCUUGGUUAUUGCUAUUGUUUUACGUGAUGAUCAUUUUGUUGUAAAGAUUGUUUGGAAUUCUUCUUCUGCACAGGUUCUGCCAUGUUGUUGAUAUGAAAGCAUGUCUCUUCAAUAAGUGUGUCUUUUGCGUUGUUUGUUUUUAUAAAGAACUUGGUUUCAUUUUGUUCCAAACUGCCACCGUAGCUUGGGAUGGUAGAAGUUAAACAUUGUGGUUUUUAUUAUGAGACACUAAUGUCUGUAUAUGUGGCACUUUGGAUUGAAGUAUUAAAAUAUAAUGGGAAAAAAAAUAA